GAGAUGAUCUCUCUCGGGACACAUUUUAAGCUCAAUAGAUUUCUAUUACUCAUUAUUGGAUUAUGGCCUAUGCAACAAUCAAACCUAACUCGAUUUCAGUUUAUUUUCUUGUCUAGUAUCCUGAUGACAGGUAUUUUAUUUCAGUUUACAGCAUUCAUUACGUCAAAAUGUACGUCGGAUUUCGUCGUUAAGAUUCUGUCUUCCAUAUCUUUCUUUAGUAUUUUCGUGAUAAAAUACACCUUAUUUUAUCUAAACAUCGAAGCUAUGAAGGAUUUAUUGAUGCAACUUCAGGAUGUAUGUAACGAAAUAAAAGAUAAAAAUGAAAUUGCUAUUAUGAAAGAAUAUAAUUGCAAUGCAAAACGUUUCACGACUGCAUUAACAAUAUUUGGCAUUUGCAGCGUAUUCGCUGGUAUAAUCGUUAUAUUUUGUUCAAGUAUUUUUUCUAUUUUAUUAUCGAUAAACGUAACUCAUUCACAUCACCUGCCGUUUACGAUGGAAUAUUUUAUCGAUCAAGAAAAGUACUUGUAUUUGGCUCUGGUUCAUCUCAGUGUAAUAGUAUGCAUAGAAGCCAUUACGAUGAUAGCAAUAGGAGGAAUGCUUUUUGCAUAUUUUCAACAUACCUGUGGUAUGUUUAAAAUUUCCAGUCAUCGUAUUAAAUGUGCAGUACUUAUCAAUACACUAGAAGAUAUUAAAUCACAGAAAAUGAAUUUAAUACUGAAAGGAAUAAUUAGUGCUAUAAAUAUUCAUCGGCAAGCUAUGAAAUUAACCAAACUUCUGGCAUCCAAAAUUGAGAAAAUGUUGUUUUGUUUAAUAAUAGUCGAAGUGCUCGCUUUGAGUCUUAAUCUUCUUCGAAUUUUUCAGAUUGCAUCAUAUAAAGCUGAUAUCAAGGAAAUUUUAUUUCCUUUUAUAUUUGUAACUAUUACUGUCUUAUACAUGUUUGUAGCCAAUUAUGUUGCGCAGGAUUUAACAGAUCACAAUAGUGAUCUCUUUGCUACCGUGUAUGACGUUCAAUGGCAUGAAGCUCCAUUAUAUGUACAGAAACUAAUACUAUUUCUGCUGCAAAAAGGAACCAAAGAAUUUACCAUAAGUGUCGGUGGACUAUUUGUCGGAUCGUUGGAGUGUUUUGCUACGCUGGUGAAAGCUUCGGUUUCUUACUUCACUGUCAUAUAUUCAAUGCAAUAA